AUGUAUGAGCCUUAUGUGAAAAUAAAAAAAAAGCGAAAUCUGCACGAAAUCUAUCAAAAUGAAAAUCUUGUCGAUGUGAAUUUGGAACAGCAGCAACAACAGCAACAGCAGCAACAAAUUUCAAGUGAUAAUUGUUGCUGUCAAAGUGGAACGCAAAAUGUUGCCGCUGCCAGCGCAUUGAGCAGCGCGUUGGCAGAGACGCCUGCAUCGAGCAGCAGCAGCAACUGCAGCCGCUUGCAGCAAUUGAUAUCAACGCCUCCAGUAUUACUGCGCAGAUCGUCGCUGACGACGACGCCAGCGUCGACGUCGACGUCAACGUUGCCGCAGCACCCACACGCUGUUGCUGUUAACACGCCAACACCAACACCAACACCACCGCCGCCACCAUCGCCGCAGCAGCAGCAGCAACAAGCGGCAGCAACUUCAGUUUUGCAACAACAUUUGGGUCACCUGAAUUACGAAAGUGGAGCAACUGCAGCAGCAGCAGCAGCAGCAGCAACAAGAAGUGGCACAGCAACACUGGCGCAACAUUUGGCAACACCCAGCAGCAUAUUGCAGGCUGCUUUCAGCAACAACAACAACAGCAACAACAACAGCAGCACCAGCAGCAACAGCAAUUUACAAAACAUUUUGACGCGCGCACAAAGUUCCUCCUCCUCCAGCAACAAUUGCAGCAGCGCCUGUGCCGGCAACAGGCACUACAACGGUAACAGCGGCAGCAGCAGCAGCAGCAGCAGCAACAGCAUCAUUGCCAGCCGUCUAUUCGGACCCACUUCAUCCACCGCCAGCUGCAGCAGCUCCAGCUCUCUGUCGCCGCAUCAUCAUCUGCAUAGCCAUCAUUCCGCUUUGACCAAUUCAAUUACGAAUCGCAUUAAUCAAUCGAUACGUCGGCAUCUCAAUCAGCAGCAGCAUCAUCAACACAGCAGCAGCAGUAGCGGUAGCAGCAGCAGCAGCAGCAGCCCCAACUCAGCCUCGUCCUCAGCGAGCAAUAGCUCCAGUUCUUCUUCUGCCUCUCCGUCUGCCUCCUCAUCGCACUAUCAGCAGCAACAUUUUAAUUGCGCUCAUCCUGCACAGCAGCAACAUCAAAGCCACAGCAACCAGCAACACCUCCAGCAGCAACAGCAUCAUCAACAUCAACACCAACACCAACACCAUCAUCACAGCAACAAUCAGCAACAACAACAAUCUCCACUGUGCCUAGUAUUAUUAGUUAAAUGCCCCAAUUCGAAGGAGUUUUGUAACGCCGCUGCAAAUUUCUGUGAUAAAAGAUUGCCGGUUAACGAAUGUCAGGCAAGCCAAACAGCUAGAGUCACCUCGAACCUGCACGCAUCCAGUAGCACAAUGGCGGUCAGUCGUGUACCCUCGCCGCCCCUGCCGGAAGUAAAUACGCCAGUCGCUGAGAACUGGUGUUAUACGCAGGUCAAAGUGGUUAAAUUUAGUUAUAUGUGGACCAUAAAUAACUUUAGUUUUUGUCGGGAAGAAAUGGGCGAAGUUCUCAAAUCUUCCACAUUCUCAGCGGGUGCUAAUGACAAACUGAAAUGGUGUUUACGGGUAAAUCCCAAGGGUUUAGAUGAGGAGAGCAAGGAUUACUUAUCAUUAUAUUUACUGUUAGUAUCGUGUAACAAAUCUGAAGUCAGAGCCAAGUUCAAAUUUUCCAUAUUAAAUGCAAAACGUGAGGAAACCAAGGCCAUGGAAUCCCAACGCGCAUAUCGUUUUGUUCAGGGCAAAGAUUGGGGCUUUAAGAAAUUUAUACGCCGCGAUUUUCUGUUAGACGAGGCCAAUGGCUUGUUGCCAGAGGACAAGCUGACCAUUUUCUGCGAGGUGAGCGUUGUGGCGGAUAGCGUUAAUAUCUCGGGACAAUCCAAUAUAGUGCAGUUCAAAGUGCCCGAGUGCAAGCUCUCUGAAGAUCUUGGCAAUCUCUUCGACAAUGAGAAGUUUAGCGAUGUCACGCUCUCAGUGGGCGGUCGAGAAUUUCAAGCGCACAAAGCCAUAUUGGCAGCGCGCAGCGAUGUCUUUGCUGCCAUGUUUGAGCACGAAAUGGAGGAGCGUAAGCUGAAUCGUGUCGCCAUAACCGAUGUGGAUCAUGAGGUGCUCAAAGAGAUGCUACGAUUCAUAUACACGGGCAAGGCGUCCAAUCUAGAAAAAAUGGCUGAUGAUCUCUUAGCGGCUGCUGAUAAGUACGCACUCGAAAAGCUGAAAGUGAUGUGUGAGGAGGCGCUGUGCGUCAAUCUCUCUGUUGAAACAGCAGCCGAAACGUUAAUAUUAGCUGAUCUCCAUAGUGCGGAUCAAUUGAAAGCACAAACGAUAGAUUUCAUUAAUACUCAUGCCACCGAUGUGAUGGAAACCUCUGGCUGGCAAAAUAUGAUUACGACACAUUCACAUUUGAUAGCGGAGGCAUUUCGUGCGCUCGCAACACAACAAAUCCCACCAAUUGGACCACCAAGGAAACGCGUGAAAAUGAGCUGAAACCUUAAUCCAGCAGCUAAACAUGUAACACUAAAUGUAACAGCAACAAGAAGCAGCACCAACAACAACAACAACAACAACAAUACCUACAAUAAUAACAAUAAUAAUAACAACAACAAUUGUAAAGUAGAUUUUAAAAGUUGCAAACAAAUUGUUAAUUUGAUCAAGAGAUUCAUAUGCUAUGCUACAACAACGAGAGCAACAAUAAAUCAUAUUCAUAACAACAA